AUGAGUUCUGAUGACGCUGUCGCGGACGAACAGACUGCGAUUAUUCAACGGUCAUCCGCCAGUGGAGAUAUAUUUUCUCCGGAGAAAGACAUAUUUCUUCUUCCCUCGGUGGAGCAGAUGCAGAUGGACGUCGCUAACGCAACAUUUGAAUUACAGAAAGCAUACAUUCCUGGGAAAAAACAAGAUGAGACAAUAGACGGACUUGGUGUUGAAAAUCUGGAUUCACUGGUCGAAGAGGUACUUGAGUCGGGCGAUAAUUUACCGGAACUGCUGGAAUCAGAUAACACUGAAGAUCCUUCGCAAAGAACGCGAGAAGAAACGAUUUCUGAAGAACUGCUUAUAGAUGGGAAGCGAUAUCGACAUACAUAUCAACGAAGAGUCGUAUUGGAGCGUCAAAAGACUCGGGAGGUACGAAGGAUUUCCUAG